CUGUAACGUGCUGAACCUCGCUCUACUCAAUUUGCCACCGUCUUAGCGGCUGGAGCCGGACUAAUCAACAUGAGCACUGUAAUGGACGAUGUUCGCAAGAUUCCCCCAGUGACCCGCUUCUUAUGCGGAAUGCUGGUGACGAUUACACUGUCUAUCAAGCUCGAAAUGGUGGACUUUGGGAAAGUCGUAUUCUUGUUGAAAGAGGGAACCAUUGGGGGUCAACUCUGGAGACCAUUUACGAGCUUCUUCAUUGGAUCCAUGCAGCCCAUCAGCUUCAUAAUCGAAGUCAUCAUGCUCUAUCGUAACUCACAUGACAUCGAGUCGCAACACUACCCCGUCAGCUCGUCCGACUAUGCCUGGCAGGUGUUCCUGGUGUGCGUGAACAUCCUCAUCCUCAACAUCCCCCUCGAAACCUACAUCCACGCCCACGCCCUCCUCAUGGCGCUCAUCUACCUCUCUUGCGCGCUCGCGCCCGCCGGCGCGCAGACGUCCUUCUGGGGGCUCGUCACGUUCCCGAUGAAGUACCUCCCGUACGUCUACAUCCUCAUGGACUACCUUAGCCAGGGACCGCGCGCGGCGGCGGUGAGCGUCUCGGGCGCCGUCGUCGGCCACCUGUGGUGGUGGGGCGUGUUCGACGUGGGCGUGUUCAGGCCGUGGGCCCGCGCGCCGUGGUUCGUGCGCUCGCUGAUGGGCGAGGACGGCCGGACGCGGCCCAUCGGCGGAGGGGUGUACGUCCAGCCGGCACAGCGGGUCAGGGACAACGCCGCGAAGCCGAUGGGUGUCAAGAAUUGGGGGUCGGGCCGCAGACUUGGGGAUUGAAUUCUUGUGGGACAGAGGCGGGGAGUCGGAUGGGUCGGUGGUCGUGAGCCGGGUUUUUCGACGUGAUUGUUCGGAUUGGGUUUCUGACUGUCUGAAGUCUUCUUGGAGACGUUGCUGGUACGACAUGAGUUUGCUCUGUUCUGGUCUAGGUGUGCAAUGUACGGAUUAAUGUCGCC